UCCCUAUCCACUCUCCCUGCUUCCAUUACCCAGGGCCUUGUCUACACUCCUAUUCUCAUGCUUUCUAUAUCCUCUCUGCCAUUCUCUGUACUAAUAUUAUUUCUAUCUGUCUCACUCACACUCCCAUCCAUGCCCCAUCACUGCCUUCCAUCCCAGCGCUCCUCCCCUUCCGUCUCCCCAGCAGUAAUGAGGGUUAUGCAGAUCUAAGCCUCGACACUCAUCCCCGCCAGACUCACCAAUCCAACUAGUUCUCCAGAGUAUCGUUUGGACAGAUGGUGGAGCCUCGUCAUUACCUGGACGUUGAUUGUGGAGUGAACCUGACGGAUUAGGGGAUUAUCAGGCACCCGUCGCCACACGCCCAUGCCCCUCUCGCUGGUGUUACCCCAUAAUUUCACACCCAUGCCUCUGAUUCGUCUCAGCUCCCCAUAGCAACCCAUCCAUAUACUGUAGGCUAAUCCUUCCUUCCUCGUUGUUGUAUAGCAUGUUGUGUCCCUCAUUUCUCUCUCUCAUGUUGCUCUCUGGCUUAUCUGUGUCUUGAUGUCCAUACAGAUAAGCAGUAAACCAGACGAUUACUUAAGUCGCUCAGGUUUUUAUUCUCACACGUCUCUUUUUUCCAUUAGGGUGUAAAGGACAAGAGCACUUUUCUCGGUGUCAAGUUCCCAUUGGUGUUGUCCCUAUAAAAGCAAACCUGUAGUCCUUAUCAUCGCAGCAUCCGCGCUAUAUGCCAUCCCAUACUUUCCUCCCUCCUCACCUUGCCGCCACUCCCAUCACUCCCCCCCGCCGGCGACCCCCUCCCUGCAGUCCCUCCCCGCGGUCCCUCCCACCCCAGUCCCGGUAAGCGAGUGACUUCCUGAGGCGAGGCAGCGGUCGUGAUUGGGAGUACCCGCGCUCAGUCGCCAGGUAGUGAGCGGACAGGUGAGGUGCGCAUUGGAGCCCCGACGCCACCACCACCACGCACUCGCCUACCUCCCUGCCUCCCUCUCGCCACGUGCUGCCAUCCUCAUGCUCACACACUGCUGCGCCUCCCUCGCUCCUCACUCAUACUGAUCCCUACAAGCUGAUGAGUCCUGUCAGUGUGCCAGCGAGAUGACAGCAACACGUGACGUCAGGCCAGUGUCCGUCACCCCUACAGUGCCAUUGCCUAGCUCGUUGUAGUGACGCCGCUACUCUCCGCUCCUCGUCAGCACACACAAGACGCCGCUGGGAGGGAUGAAGUACUGGAACACUUCCUCGCCGCAGUGUUUAUAGUUUACUUCGUCUCCUGAAAAGGAAGUUUGGACACUCUGUCACACCUGCCUCCUAUACUUCAAACCCGGUGACCAGGAGGACCUGCCGCCUCGCCUCCGUCCAGUACCUUGUGUGUUGUGAAAACGCCACCAUGCAGUCAACUCCUGUAGGAGGAUUCAGCAUGUUCCCGCGGGCGUCGCUGGCCGUGGGCGGCCCCUCUCUCCUCACCUACCAAAUGCUAGCUUCCCAGCCCCCAGGAGACACUCCUCCCCAGUACCCGCUUCUCCACUCCCCGUUCUUCCUGCCAAUUCACCACAACCGCAGCCCUCUGUACUCCGCGCACUCCCCGGUGGAGGGAGAGGCCUUUGACAGGUCCCAACAGACGGCACGCAGCCCCCCAGGUGCAGAGGAGGCCGAGAACUGCACGGCAAGGAGCUCCCCCGCCUCGCCACCCACACACACUUCCCUCAGGCUCACUGCUGUUAUCGAUGCCCACUCCACAACGCCCUGCAGCAGCCUCGCCAGGAGCCCUGCGGAGGAAGACGGUAGCAGGAAGGAGGCACCCCUCGACCUCACCACCAAGAGGCGACCACAGAGCAGAGAGUCUGUCACGCCCACGGUGGGGACUUCAGGGGAGAGUGCGGAUUUCCCUGUUGACACAGAGAAGACUUCAACAGAGAAGCAAGAAGAUACCAAAACUGACGAGACGCAGAAGGCGCGGCCGCGUCAGACUCACCCCUUCCUAAGAAUAAGUGAAUUACUUAAGGACUCUCCCUCCAGCACUCCUACGCCGCCCCCACCAACGUCCUCCACCGACCUCCCCACCAAGCUGCCUCUCGUCCACCCGCGCCCCAUCCACCCUGCCUCCCUCCUGGACAUGUACCGUACCUUUGACCUGCCAGUGUUUCCUGGGUGGGGCGGCGCCCCUCCGCCACGGCACCCACUCUUCCCCUCUCUCCCUCGGGCCUCUCUUCCCGGUUUGGGUGUCCCUCCAGCACGCCCUCUCGGCCUAGACUUCUUCAAGAGUCACAUGCCUGGCGCGGCGCGGCCUUACACUGACCUGGGUCGACCUUACAGUGAUCUUUUGAAUCCGCACUUGGCGCGCACCUCAAAAGACAGGUACUCGUGUAAGUUCUGCGGAAAGGUGUUCCCGCGCUCCGCCAACCUGACGCGCCACCUGCGCACCCACACGGGCGAGCAGCCCUACAAGUGCAAGUACUGCGAGCGUUCGUUUAGCAUCUCGUCCAACCUGCAGCGCCACGUGCGGAACAUCCACAACAAGGAGAAGCCCUUCAAGUGUCCGCUGUGUGACCGCUGCUUCGGCCAGCAGACCAACCUGGACCGACACCUCAAGAAGCACGAGCUGGAGGGACCCAACCCACCGGACUCGCCCGAGGCGCCAGACUCCAGCAGCGCCGCCGUCACCAUCGAUAAGAGUGAUGAAGCAGCAGGAGAUGACACUCUGACGGAAGUGUCCAGUGAUGCCGAGACGAGCGGCACAGAGGGCCGGGCCGGUACCCCCGGCACGGUAGACAGCGAGGGCAGCGCUGCGCCUCAGUCUCUGCCCUCGCCUUCAGGCCACGAGCCGCCACACAAGCGCCUCAGGCUGGAGUAGCGGCGAUCAUGGGCGGCGGCGGGUCGUGAAGGGACAGCCUGCCGCGCCGCCUUAACACGCCGGGGCUCAUCAUGUGAAAAAGACCUCACUCUAGUCAGCAAGAUUACCUCACCAAAGACACGCCCAACACAGUUCCCUCCAAGCGCCACCUAACGGCUCUGUGUCAUCCUGCCUACCCGUCCUUAAACAGACUGUUUUUACAUUUUCCAAGGGACACCCGUGCAGGGAAACUCAGAAGUCAGAUAAUAUUUUCGUACAUGUUUGUAUAUGUGUGCCAGCCGCCACUGCCGUCUGUCAGGCGCCAAGGCUGGUGGCUACGCGUGCUGAAGUUCCUGAAAUUAAUGCAUAUUACUUUAUACGCAUAUACAAAGCUCACUGUAUAAAUAUGGUUGUUUAUACGAUGUCUCAGAAAUAAAGUAUAAAUA